UGGGUGCUGAGGUCUGCUGUUAGCCGUUGGUGGGGCCCGCGUCUGGGUGUGCUGCAGCGGGAGGAACCCAGGUCCCGGGCCGAGGCUGCCCCGGGAAUGGUUUUAGUCAGCACAAACAUGGCUGCGGCCCUGCGAUCUGCGGGCGUCCUGCUCCGCGAUCGGCUGGUAUAUGGUGGCUCAAGGGCCUGUCAGCCACGGAGGUGCCAGUCGGGUGCAGCCACAGCAGCAGCCGCCACAGAAACAGCCCAACGUGCCAGAAGCCCCAGAUCUCAAGUUCAGCCGGGGAACAGGAAGCCGAAAACUGGAAUAUUAAUGCUGAACAUGGGAGGCCCUGAAACCGUUGGAGAAGUUCACGACUUCCUCCUGAGGCUCUUCUUGGAUCGAGACCUCAUGACACUUCCUGUUCAAAAUAAGCUGGGACCAUUCAUUGCCAAACGCCGAACCCCCAAAAUUCAGGAGCAGUACCGCAGGAUUGGAGGCGGAUCCCCCAUCAAGAUGUGGACUUCUAAGCAAGGGGAAGGCAUGGUGAAGCUGCUGGAUGAGUUGUCCCCGCACACAGCCCCUCACAAAUACUACAUCGGAUUCCGGUAUGUCCACCCGUUAACAGAAGAAGCAGUUGAAGAGAUGGAGAGAGAUGGGCUGGAGAGGGCGAUUGCUUUCACACAGUAUCCACAGUACAGCUGCUCUACCACAGGCAGCAGCUUAAAUGCCAUUUACAGAUACUAUAAUGAAGUGGGCAAGAAGCCCACGAUGAAGUGGAGCACGAUUGACAGGUGGCCCACACACCCCCUCCUCAUUCAGUGCUUUGCCGACCACAUUCUGAAAGAACUGGACCAUUUUCCACUUGAGAAGAGACGCGAGGUGGUCAUUCUUUUUUCUGCUCACUCACUGCCGAUGUCUGUGGUCAACAGAGGAGACCCCUAUCCUCAGGAGGUGGGCGCCACUGUCCAGAGAGUCAUGGAUAAGCUGGGUUACUCCAAUCCCUACAGACUGGUUUGGCAGUCCAAGGUUGGCCCGAUGCCCUGGCUGGGUCCUCUGACAGACGAGGCCAUUAGAGGGCUUUGUGAGAGGGGGAGGAAGAAUAUCCUUUUGGUUCCGAUAGCGUUUACCAGCGAUCACAUUGAAACGCUGUAUGAACUGGACAUCGAGUACUCUCAAGUUCUAGCCAGUGAGUGUGGGGUUGAAAACAUCAGAAGAGCAGAGUCUCUUAAUGGAAAUCCACUGUUCUCGAAGGCCCUGGCCGACUUGGUGCACUCACACAUCCAGUCCAACGAGCGCUGCUCCACGCAGCUGACCCUGAGCUGCCCGCUCUGCGUGAAUCCCAUCUGCAGGGAGACCAAGUUCUUCUUCAGCAGCCAGCAGCUGUGACCCCGCCAGAGCACCACUGGGAUUUGGCAGGUGCCCAGCCUCCAGACGCCUCCGAGGUGGAGGAGGAUGUAUUUAGCGUUAGGGAGGGAGUUACAUUGGUGUGGGCGUAGCCUUUGGCCACAAAUUGUGUACCUUCUUGAGGAAUGGACUCUGAAAUCCUUAUUGAGGGGUAUUUUUAUAGACCAAAUCAGUAAGCAUUUAUAGUUCCCCUCUCUGGGUUAAGUUACUAGUUUGGAAUGUCCACUAGGCUAUUUUAAAAAUGAGUUUUAAAAAUUUAUCUUAUGAGAUGCACACGUAUUUUCAAUACCGAUUUUGGUUUUAUUGCCCCAAAAAACCCCUGCAGGGGUACGGAGAGUGCCCUCUGUGGGCUGUCAGAGUGAGUGAGGUCUGUUUACAAUCUCAUACUUGUUUUUUUUUUUCUUUUUACGGUAUGCGGGCCUCUCACUGUUGUGGCCUCUCCCGUUGCGGAGCACAGGCUCCGGAUGCGCAGGCCCAGCGGCCAUGGCUCACGGGCCCAGCCGCUCCGCGGCAUAUGGGAUCCUCCCAGACCGGGGCACGAACCCGUAUCCCCUGCAUCGGCAGGCGGACUCUUAACCACUGCGCCACCAGGGAGGCCCUGUUUUUUAAAGUGAACAUAGUUGAGUAAAUGAAAUAUAAUAUGAAAAAACAAGGGGUACCUAAUCUUCCCCUCAGCCCGUGGGUUACAGGAUGCUGGUCCGGUGAUGUGGUUCCUACAGUGGCUGCUCUUGCCAGUGACGUCACUAUUAAUCAGUCAUUUUGGUCCUUGUGUGUGAAUCUCAGUCUCCUCACCAUGAAACCGAAUCAAGUGUAGGUUCCAAAAGUGCUUUGAGAUUCCCCAGGCACACAGGGCUGAUAAACGUGUAGCAAUCCUGCAUCAUGCCCACCUUGGUGGGAAUCGUUGGUGCCACAGGAGAGGGGGGCUGGAAAUGCUAAUGAAGGGCUUCAUGUCCAGAGUUCCUCUCAGGACCUCGUGGACCUUUCCAUUGAGCAUCUUCUUCAUCUUGGUUGAAUGUCCCCUUUCCGUAUAUUUGUUUGAAGAUUUAUUUUAUAAAGUCAACUAUGUGUGGUAACCUCAAAUUCUUAAUUUACAAUUUUUAUUAUAAAAAUUAUAUAACCAUGCUAUAGGAAAUUUAAAAAAAUAGAGAAAAGGAAAAUAACCACUCUAAUGCAACAAGUAUUAUUCGUAUUAUUGUAUUUCAUGUUAGUCUUUUCCUGUGGAUAUUUUAGAUGCCAUUGUAACCUUGAAUUUGUGAGUGAAGAGUUGUCCUAAAUUGUAAAAAUAAUGUAGGAUCAGAGUCAGAUCUUCUAUACCUGGAUUUAUAUGGAUUUUAAAAAUCUCUGAUGGAUCCAUCGUGAAUUUGUAAUAAUUACUUUCUCUUUCCUUUAAGCCUUAUAACUUUGUUCUUUGAAAGUGCAUUUCUUUUUUUUUUAAGCCAGUGAAAGUAUUAGUGGAGUCAUAGAUCUUCUAUAUUCAGUAUUUACUAUAUUAAUAAAUAUGACAUCAUUAAGGUUUUAACCAGUCUGAUUCAUUCUCUCUGUUAAAUCAAAAGUAAUCCAAAUUCAUUACUAAUCAAAAUUAUUAAAUAAGAGGAAUUUACUUUGUAGUACAAGAAAAGAAACAUGCCAUCCACGUUAGUUAAUAGUUUUCCCACAAUGAUAACAGCUCUGAAAUUUGAGUAGCAUCUACACUUUUUUUUUUUCCAAAUUGGCUUUCCUUUUAGUAGAUUGUGUUUCCAGAAGAGGGUACAAGGCAUAGACAGUUGUUUAGAAUUUUCCUCUUCUGUUUCCACCCACUUUAGGGGGACUAGGUUCAAGGUAGGCUUUGAGUGACCUUGGCGGGAUGGGGUAAGGAGCAACUCGUGUGUUAGCCAGCAGGCAGAGUUUAAAGCUGGCGGCCAUAAGAAAGAACUGACACCUGUGUGUGUACGCGUGCGCUGGUGUGUAAGCCUAGAGCCCUUGACUGCACCCUUGGUACUGCAUCUCUAAGCUCUCAACCCAGCCUAUAAAACCCCUUCUGUUGGAUCCUGAAGAUGGCCCAGGAACAUGCUUCCCAACAUUGGGUGGAAAUGGGAAAUACAUUGAGAUGUUGCAAGCUGGAAAAAGAAAAUUCUGAGUUGACCCCAAAACUAGUGUCCUAAAUUAAGAUCGUUCAGUUUCUCCAUCUUAAUAUGGGAAUCCUCAGAGAAAGACAAAAGCUAAUCUUUUCUUUCCUUAUUUCUAAAAAUUAUAAAAUUAAAAACAUUUCAUCAAGGUUGUACCCCAGACUUUGUAAAUAUCAUUCCUAGGAGUGUUGUUCUAAUUGCCUAAUAAUUGAGAUUACAUUGUAAAAAACCCCUUCAGUAACUUCUCCCAGUCCAGGUGGCUUUCUGUGACAUUCAGCUUUCUUUUUAUAGAAGCUAGCAUCAUAAGGUUUCAGGGAACGUACAUCAAAUGAAUUAAGCCUGAAUAUCGGAUGGCUCAAGAAACCUGAAUUCUGCUUAAAUCAUUGCCAGUUGAAAUAUUUAAUCAUGUCAUAAUUAUAUUGAAGUUUUGUGUGCUUGCUUUCUAACAUUCCUGGCUAAUUCAAACAGUGGCACCUGAAAACUUGAUUUUUUUUUUUUUGGCUAGAUUUCUUCCAGCUGGACAGUUGUGUGGUAUGACUAUUAUCUAAUCUUUGCCUUAAAAGGCAUGCUUCUUUUCACAACACACUUAUUUUGGAAAGUAUAAAGUGUGCCAAGCUAUAAGGCAUCGAGGUGAGUGGUGGAUACCAGUGGGCACUCAAGAGAAAGAAGCUGAUGCUGUCAGUAUUCGCUGAAUGGCACCAAUAUGACAAGCAACAGCAGUGGGCGCCCUUUAGUGGCACCGUGGCUCCCAGCGUGAGACGGGUCUUAGGAGGGCUCUGGGGAGUGGGUGACCUCCAGAGAACACAUUCACAAUCUAGGCUCCCAGGAGAGGAAGAAGUGCUUCUGCUUUUGCUGUGGGAAUCUUAUUAAGCCUUUCUACAGGGAAGAGGAAGUGGAAAACAAAUGCACCCGUGAUAAUCAGUUUCUUACAAUACACUCUGAUAGUGUCCGCUUAGUCGUUUUUAGCUGAAAUCAUUAGCUUCCAUUUUUAGCAUUAACAGCUCCUGGCUAAAUUAGUCUACAGUAAGCCAUUAGGAGGGAUGUUGGAAUUAAAAACAUUUUUGGAAAAAAGCCUGGUUUGAAGCUGUGUUAUAAGCCCUUGGGCAGGAGUCGCCGGGUCCUGUUUCUGGUUGUCUGACAGCUGUCACUCUGAUGUUCCAGGUGCGCUAUCAGCAGCCUCUUCCUGAAAGAAAUCACGCAGUCCGGCUUUUUUCCUUCCACUCUCCCCAAGGGGUUGAAGCUUUACUUUCCUGACAUAUUAAGAAAUAAUAGAUUUUACCCUGAGAAUUCAUGAGGUAUUUUUACCUUUUCCUUAUUUAAAAAAAAAUUAUAUACAUGAGAUGGGAUUAACUGCACAGGCAUACAAGCAGGGGCUUGCUGGCCCAUUGUUAAAAUUUCAGGUUGUUACACAUAGCAGUCAUUAAAAGUGUUAUAUCUUACAGUUUAAUUAUAUUUUAAAAAGUAACAGAUACUCAAAAAUCAUUUCCCUAUUAUUUUACUAUACUUUAUCAUCUUUAUUCUAGAGGUUAUUUAUGUUUAUGAUACCUAUAUGGUGAAAAUACUAUAUAAUGAUGAUGAGCUACUGUAGGUCUCCAGCUUUGUUCAGUGACCGUGUUGGUAGCUUGAAAUUGGCUACAGUAGGGCUAUUUACAUUUGGAAAUCAGCAAAUACUACAACUUAGGGCUUCCUUGAUUGUUUUGUUGAUUACCUAGACUUAAAGUGGUGGAAAAAAUGUUCAUACAUAUUAAAAGUUGUCAUGUCUCUAGCCAUUACAUCGUGAAUAGCACAAAAAUUUGAGGAAAUAUCCUCCCAUUAUGUGAAAACUAAUAGCCGAUUUAUACAAGUGAAGUUUUGAUAUACAAAGUUGUUUUACAUUUGUAUUACUCAUUAAUGUAAAUAAAAACAUCAGCAUUCAUGUCAGAACUAUAUAGGUUGGCUACAGAUGCAAGAGCUUGAUAAAAGUCAACAAAAGCAUUCUUUGAGAAUUAAUUGAUUAUAUGGAAUUUACA